GGUGCCUACCAACCAGCGAGAUUCAAUUUCACAGAAGCCUUUGAACAAUUGUUCCCCACUACAACGCGCCUCUCAGGUGACAUGUUAUGAUAAUCGACAAGUCUGGGCUGUGUUCGAGAGGGCUAGUCCAUUCAAGAUCUUUCACCCGGUUCUUUCAAAGUCCUCUCCACCAAGAGACGUUGGACAGUUGACCGGGUUUCUUCAUCAUGGCUCCGCGAGGCUUCACCCUCCCUCCAGCCAAUACCCAAUCCGCCAAACAGGCAAGGAGUGCCUUCUUCUGCGCACUAUGCCAGAAAGGAUACAGUCGAAUGAACGAGUUCGAGGCCCAUGAGUCUUCCUACGACCACCAACACAAAAAGCGACUGAAAGAGAUGAAGGAAAUGCAGAGACAAGUCGCACCCAAAAAGGAGGAGAAGGGCCCAUUGAUGCAAAUCAAACUUGGUCCCGCGAAAACCAAUGGUUCUGGCGGUGGCGGUUUUAAAAAGGGAGGAUUCAAGAAUGCUUUUGCCCCGGUCGAUGAUCAGCCAGCCAAUGACACCGAGGGGACGCAGUCUCCCGUCCAAGACCUGGUCAAGGAACCUGCCGAAGAACCAGACAGCGAUAUUACGGACUCUGAAGAUUAUUACGAUCCACGAAAACCGACAGGGUGUAUGCCGGAAUGCAAGGGCCAUGCUGUGGGAUCGUGACAGAGCUUCAUGGGUGUCCCCUUCCGCGAUCAGAGAAUCCAAUUUACUCUCAGAGACUAUCGAUGGAUGACGUCUUACCCUAACAACUGGAUGCUGGAACGGCGCAUGCUAUCCUCAAAGAAGUAUCCAAUACGCUCUACUCGCCUCUCGAAGAGCUCCUGGUACUUCUCCCAUUCCAGGUUGGGUCAUGAUCUUGUGUAGAGCCAAAGCCAACAUCCACCAACCUCCCAACUUGCGCAAGAGAGGCCCCGGCUCUCGAUCUGGGGACGUCGCAAUACGAGACAAGGGCAGACGCUAGAACGCCACUCCGGAUUGGGCUUGCAUGCUAGAUCCUUCACCGAAACUGGAUCUUAUUCCUGCGUCGAGUGGAUGAAGAGUAGGAACCUAGCUUCUGUUCGCGCACACCGUGUAUCAACAUAAUGUUUCGAACGACUCGCUCAGAUGAGCGCUGUAGUCUCUUGUACCAUUUUAGAUAGGGAAUUAACUAUGUUCAACUAC